UUGCAUGGUGUAACGUAGUCAAGUGUUGGCCAAUAACGGUAGUAGUGAACUUCGGUCGUGCUGUAUGGGUCAUACAGUUUUUAUUUUCGUUUUAUUCCGAUACAGAAAAAAUCACAAAUUGAAAAUAGAAAAAAAAUUGAAAUAAAAAUUAAUGUGCGGUGGGCAUUAUAGAAAAAUAUGUGCCAUCAAAAUAGACAAAUUCCCACACACAAUCGGGCACACAAACAAAUACAUAGACACACACACACAGAUACACAUAUAUUGGUGCAUAUAAUUGCGGUUAAAUGUGAAGUGAAUAAUUGCAAUUUAGAAAAAUAUUGUGAUAUAAUUCAAUUUAUUAUGAAACUAAAUCAAUGAAAGUCCAUGUAAUAAUUUAAACAAAAACUUUGUAAAUCUUAAAUUAAACAAAUUAAAAACCAAAACAAAACAAAAUCAAAAAGACUGUGAUUCAAAACUAGUUAAAUUUUUUUUAUAACAAUUAAACAACAAGUUUUAAACGUUAGUCAAUGCCGGAAAAAUAGUGUAAUAAAUUUUGAAAUCAAAAUUUAAAAAUAAACGAAUUAGUUAUGUUGAAUACCGGUAAUCAACAGCAUCAACAACAACAGCAGCAGCAUCAUACACAACAACAGCAGCAACAUCAGACACAACAGCAGCAGCAACAUCAAACUCAACAGCAACAACACCAUCAUCAACAACAGCAGCAGCAACAAUCACAACAACAGACCAACAAUACACAAUCUUUAACACACCUUCUCAAUCUCAACACCCAUCAUUGUGAUGCAAAUUUAAAUUUCACUUCAUUUGCCGAAUUAUGCCGUCUAUGUUCGAUACGUAAUGGUCCCACCAAAAUUCAUUUGUUCGAAAAGGAAGCUGAACAACGUAAUCUUAUCUACAAAUUACGUUCUCUAAUGCCGGUUAAUAUUGCUAAAGAGGAUUUUCUGCCCAAAAAUAUUUGUGAAAAUUGUGUCCAAAAGGUGGAGGGUUUGUACGAGUGGCGUCAGUCAAGCUUACAAAACGAACAUAUUCUACGAAAUUAUGCCGAAUCGAUGAGAGCCGUUACAGCAACUAUAAAUUUUGAGGACGGCACAGUGAAUAUGGAUAAAAUGACGGUGGCCCAAAAGAAUGCGUAUCUCGAGGCACACAUGGCAGUACAACAACAAAUGGCACAGGCGGCUAUACAAUUUAAGCAACAACAACAGCAGCAACAACAACAGCAGCAACAACAACAACAGCAAACGUCCAAUAAUAAUCAAACACAACAACAACAGCAGCAGCAACAACAACAAAAUUCACCAAAUAGCAACAAUAACAAUAGUAGUAAUAAUAACAAUAACACAAAUCAACAAUUACAACAGCAGCAGCAACAACAACAACAGCAGCAGCAACAACAACAUUAUGCCAGCACCAUAAAAGUGCCACAAAUAAGUUCCUCUAGUUCAGCCGGCAACGAAAGUACUUUCACCGUUCCGGACGAUGUAGGCAUGGGAUUUGAGGGCGGCGUUCGAGUGCUACAAAGUUUGGGCACUUGGUCGUCGGACAAUAUAACGUACAAUAUACCGAAACCGAAUUUGAUACCAUUUACCGAGCCCUAUGUCGAGGGUGGUUCCAUGCAUCCAGCCAGUCGCCUAAAAGCUUUACAACAAGUUCAGCAGGCUUCGUCGGGUGUACGCAAAACUAAUCCUUCAAAACCCACCAAUAAAGCAUUUGAGUGCAGCGUGUGCGGCAAAGGUUUGGCCCGCAAAGAUAAACUAACCAUUCACAUGCGUAUCCAUACGGGAGAGAAGCCUUAUAUUUGUGAAGUGUGUAAUAAAGCUUUCGCCCGUCGUGAUAAAUUAGUCAUACAUAUGAACAAGUUCAAACAUGUUACGCCCACAAACAUAGCACCGCUUGGGAAACGUCUGAAUAAUCUAGUGAAGAAAAAAGAACCCGAACCUGAAGACAAUAAACAGAAUCUUGAGUUACAACUACAACAGCAAGCAGUACAAGUAGCAACUCAAAAUAUUAUUGUUCAGACUACGAGUGCCCAGCAUACUGGUGGCCAGAGUACAGCUAUACCGGGUAUUAUUAUACCACAUCAUCAUGCCCAACAGCAGUUGUCGUGGACUUGUGAACUGUGUGGUCGUAUGUUCUCCAAUCGGGAUGAGUGGACAUUGCAUGCCAAAAGCCAUUUGGAGUAUUGACAUCAGGAACAGGAAACAACGGAAAUUGUUAAAACAGCCAAAAUGGCUG